UUGUCUCUGGAUGAAAUGAAGCAUCGUUAGUGUAGAGCUGCAGCUUGCUUGCGUCGUGGCUAAUGUUAUACGCAGUAUUUGUUGUAAAUAAACGUAAAGUGAUCAUAUGGCGCAGUCUCAGUCUUCUGUAUUGUGUUUCUACGCAAUGGUGUGAUUUACUCUCGCUAAAGCUGAAAACUAAAAUAACUUUCAGAGUGUAAGGUUAAAAGUACAUAAACCGUUUGCUAACUCCGUUUUUUGAGAGUUUGGUUUCAAAUUCAAAAUUGAUACGAGUUUUUACUUGGUACUUUAUUUACUUAUGCUAACUGCCGUUUAAUUUAUCAAAAAUAAAGAAGUGGAAGAUUCUGGCAUUUGAGCAACAUUUAUAUUCAGAAGAAAACGUUGAGUUUUGGUCAGGGAGCGAUACCGCGUAAUAUCGCGAUAUUUCAGGUCGAGGUUAGGUAGCGAUACCGAACGUUAUCGCGAUAUUUCAGGUCGUGGUUAAGUAGCGAUACCGAACGUUAUCGCGAUAUUUGAGGUCGAGGUUAGGUAGCGAUACCGAACGUUAUCGCGAUAUUUCAGGUCGUGGUUAGGUAGCCAUACCGAAUGUUAUCGCGAUAUUUCAGGUCGAGGUUAGGUAGCCAUACCGUACGUUAUCGCGGUAUUUCAGGUCGUGGUUAGGUAGCGAUACCGAACGUUAUCGCGAUAUUUCAGGUCGAGGUUAGGUAGCGAUACCGAACGUUAUCGCGAUAUUUGAGGUCGAGGUUAGGUAGCGAUACCGAACGUUAUCGCGAUAUUUGAGGUCGAGGUUAGGUAGCGAUACCGAACGUUAUCGCGAUAUUUCAGGUCGAGGUUAGGUAGCGAUACCGAACGUUAUCGCGAUAUUUCAGGUCGAGGUUAGUUAGCGAUACCGAACGUUAUCGCGAUAUUUCAGGUCGAGGUUAGGUAGCGAUACCGAACGUUAUCGCGAUAUUUCAGGUCGAGGUUAGGUAGCGAUACCGAACGUUAUCGCGAUAUUUCAGGUCGAGGUUAGGUAGCGAUACCGAACGUUAUCGCGAUAUUUCAGGUCGAGGUUAGGUAGCGAUACCGAACGUUAUCGCGUUAUUUGAGGUCGAGGUUAGGUAGCGAUACCGAACGUUAUCGCGGUAUUUCAGGUCGAGGUUAGGUAGCGAUACCGAACGUUAUCGCGGUAUUUCAGGUCGAGGUUAGGUAGCGAUACCGAACGUUAUCGCGGUAUUUGAGGUCGAGGUUAGGUAGCGAUACCGAACGUUAUCGCGGUAUUUGAGGUCGAGGUUAGGUAGCGAUACCGAACGUUAUCGCGGUAUUUGAGGUCGAGGUUAGGUAGCGAUACCGAACGUUAUCGCGGUAUUUGAGGUCGAGGUUAGGUAGCGAUACCGAACGUUAUUGCGGUAUUUGAGGUCGAGGUUAGGUAGCGAUACCGAACGUUAUCGCGGUAUUUGAGGUCGAGGUUAGGUAGCGAUACCGAACGUUAUCGUGGUAUUUCAGGUCGAGGUUAGGUAGCGAUACCGAACGUUAUCGCGAUAUUUCAGGUCGAGGUUAGGUAGCGAUACCGAACGUUAUCGCGGUAUUUCAGGUCGAGGUUAGGUAGCGAUACCGAACGUUAUCGCGGUAUUUCAGGUCGAGGUUAGGUAGCGAUACCGAACGUUAUCGCGGUAUUUCAGGUCGAGGUUAGGUAGCGAUACCGAACGUUAUCGCGGUAUUUCAGGUCGUGGUUAGGUAGCGAUACCGAGCGUUAUCGCGGUAUUUGAGGUCGAGGUUAGGUAGCGAUAACGAACGUUAUCGCGGUAUUUCAGGUCGAGGUUAGGUAGCCAUACCGAACGUUAUCGCGAUAUUUGAGGUCGAGGUUAGGUAGCGAUACCGAACGUUAUCGCGGUAUUUCAGGUCGAGGUUAGGUAGCCAUACCGAACGUUAUCGCGAUAUUUCAGGUCGAGGUUAGGUAGCGAUACCGAACGUUAUCGCGAUAUUUCAGUACUGGGAUUUAAAGCGCCCAACACUAACUCAGUACAAACUCUUUUCAGGAAAAAGAGCUAAUGCAGAUUUCAAACAUCGACAGAGGUUGUCAAAUGACGUCAUAUACUAAUUCAUUAAAUGUCAUGAUAAUUUUAGAUAUCAAAAUAAUCUGACACGAAGAAGAGUGAUUUUAAUGAGAGAUCUUAUUGUAACUGUUACAGAAAGGAAAAAGUCUUUGCUCAUGGCACCACAAACUAUUUACAUACUCCGCUAAUGGCUGUUGAAAAAGUAGCAGAGGUGUUUUUUAACUGAUUCGCUAAAUCUAGAGUAACAAGUUGGAAACAGUGCUGUAACUAGAUGACUUGUAACACUGAGAUUUUGUGCAGUUUUUAAUUCACUCACUCAUUCAGUUUGUACUUUUACACCAGUGUUUUGACACAUGGUGAGUUCUGUAGUUAAGUACAGUAGUAGAAUAUUUUCAGCAUUCUGUGGUCGUCACCUGUUCACAUGCCCCUCGGAUAUUGCUUUGAGGGUAAUCGUCAUGAGCAAGAAAAGCUGUUGAAACAAAGCUGUACACUUUAUGUUGGGAACCUUUCUUUCUACACAACAGAGGAACAGGUGUAUGAACUGUUCUCCAAAAGCGGCGACGUGAAAAGAAUAAUCAUCGGCCUCGAUAAGGUCAAGAAGACUGCGUGUGGGUUUUGUUUUGUAGAGUAUUACACACGAGCCGACGCUGAGCACGCGAUGAGAUUUAUUAAUGGAACCAGACUGGACGAUAGAAUCAUUAGAACAGACUGGGACGCUGGUUUUAAAGAGGGGCGGCAGUACGGUCGGGGCAAAUCAGGUGGUCAGGUACGAGAUGAAUAUAGACAGGAUUACGACCCUGCACGAGGUGGAUACGGCAAGUUAGCUCAGCUCCAAAGGGGCCCAGACGGACAACAAAAAUUUUAGUCAUUAGUAAUUAACAGGGACAUUUGGAAAUUAAGCGGAGGAAAAAUAGUUUUUUUUUAAAACGUAUAUACACAAACGACAUUCAGAGGUUGCACAGAAGAAAUGACCAUCCCUGCAAACUGACUGUGGUAUAUGGGGCUUGCCUUUUUUUUUUUUUUCUAAUAAACAAGGUCUUUUCCUUUUC